AUGUCUGUUCCACAUGAUGUAUACAACUAUACCGAGUUGACCACCUCAUAUAUGGGGUUUUUCUAUUCGGAACAGUUUUCAAAGUUAUUCAACACAACUCAUACCGGGGCAGCGCAUUCUUCAGCUGGAAUGGACUAUUCUGUACUUGGUAAAACUAUAACCACUUCUUUAUGCUUUUGCUUGGUACAAUUAACGUUAUUUAGUUUCUUCAGAUUAAUGUUUAAAGAUUUGUAUCAACCACGGUGUUAUUGUGUUCCGGUGAAUGAAAGAAUGGAUGUGCUACCUCGUGGGUUUCUUUCAUGGAUAAUCCCUACCCUUAAAUAUGAUGCAUUCAAUUUUCUACCCUUGGGGUUAGAUGCAUACUUGUUUGUUAGAUUCAUUCACCUACUCCUUCUUUUCUUUUCUGUUAUUGGUACCUUGAAUAUAAUAAUAUUGGUUCCAAUAAAUUGGACAGGAGCUACAAGUACUCAUACUUCUAGAGGUCUUGAUAGAUUGAGCCUAUCAAACAUUUCACCAGAAAACACUACUAGACUACAUUCCCACCUUGUAAUGGCUUUGAUUACAAUCUCAUUGUUCCAUUGGUUGGUCAUUUAUGAAUUACAAAGUUUUGUAAAAAUACGUCAAUCUCACCUUCUUUCCAUGCGACAUAAAUUAAAAAUUUCUACAUCAACUAUUCUUAUUAGAAAUGUACCAGAAUAUUUAAGAGAUUUAGAUGUGAUUAAUCAAGUGUUUCUGGUUGUUCCAGGUGGUAUCAAGAAUGUUUGGUUCUUGUACGAUUUCACUGGUAUAUCAGAAGAUGUGAAUGAUGCAAAAGAAGCUAUGCAACAUCUUGAAAUGACCGAGGUUCUGCAUCUUAAAAAAUUGUUGCAAAUACGUCAUAAUGAUCAAACUAUUGAUAUUCUAGCAGAAAUGAAGAAUUAUCAAAAUGAUGAAAAAUUUUAUCCUCCUAUUCACUUUAAGUCUUUCCAUAUACCUACUUUGGAUAGAAAAGUACGAAUUAAAUUACCGGGGUUUCUUCGGAUUUUCCUUCGGCAGAAAAAAGUGUUGAAAAGAGAUUGGAGUAUUCAAACUUUGACUGCAAAACAUAAAUCCAUUGAAAACUGGAAACAGUUAUUAUCACAAGGAAAUAUCCCAAAGCAUAGCAAGUUAUUCAUACAGUUCCAGUCACAAACUGGUGCAUAUGUGGCACACCAAUGCUUACUUUCUCAAGUUCAAGGGAACUUGGAUUUCACACUAAUUGGGGUAAAUUCGAAUGAUGUGCUAUGGCACAACCUAUCUAGAGAUAAUACAGUUGGAUACAUAGUCGAACGGUAUGCAGUUACGUUAUUGUUAAUUGCGAUUAUAAUAUUGUAUAUUUUUCCAGUAUCUUUCAUUGGGUUAUUUUCGCAGCUUCCGUUGCUAGUCCGUGUGAUUCCAUCAUUACGUUGGGUAUAUGCAUUUCCUGGAGACAUUAGAGAAACUCUUGCAAGUCUACUUCCGUCAAUAGUACUCACCAUGCUUACCGAGCUUGUAUUAGUUGUUUUCAGGUUUCUUAUUUAUUUUAGAGGUAAGGCUACUGGUUGUGAAAUUGAACUUAAUUUACAAACUUGGUAUUUUGUUUUUUUAUUUGUGCAACAAUUCUUGGUGGUUACUAUUCUGUCAAGUAUCACCGUCAUAUUCAAACAAAUAAUCGAUCAACCAACUUCCAUACCAGUUUUAUUAGCGACAAACUUACCAAGAGCAGCAACAUUUUUCUUUCAAUACUUUGCCCUCAAGGCAUUUGCAUUUUGCGGUAAUAGCUUUUUGAGAAUUGACCAAUUGAUUUUAAGAUACACCAUUCAUAGAUUGAAAGAUAGAACGCCUAGACAAAUUUUUUUCAGAAAAACCACUUUAUUGAAAGUAAGAUGGGGAUCAUUAUAUCCUACAUUUUCUGUGUUUUCCACCAUAGGAAUAUCGUACUGUAUUAUCUCGCCGUUGGUCAACGUAUUUAUCGUGUUUAUACUUCUGUUAACCUUACUUUAUUUUAAAUAUGCCUUACGUUUCAUAUUCAGUCAUGUCAAUCAUUCUGAAACACAUGGAAGGCUCUACCCAAUUGCACUUUUACAUAUGUAUGCGGGAAUUUACUGUUUAGAAGGAUGUCUCAUAGGAAUAUUUUUCUUACUGCGGGAUCAAAAUGGAAAUCGUUCUGUUUCCAUUGAUGGCUGGAUUAUGUGUUUAGUGCUUAUGGUCACUAUAUUUGGUCAUAUCACCUUAUACAAUAGAUAUGUGAAGCACUUCUCUUUAUUGCCAAUUUUAGACGACAAAAAAUAUGAAAAUUUGACACGAAGAGAAGAUGGGAGUUUUGAUUUUGAAACACUAAACCGACCACCAAAUCAUGGACCUCUAAUUGAUAGAGAGUAUUAUCUGAAUCUCAAGUUACAUCUCCUUCACCCUGCAUUUAGCUAUGAACAUCCUCGGAUAUGGAUACCACAAGAUGAGUAUGGGAUAGCAUCUAUGUUAAUAACGCAAUUGGAAGAGGAAGUGGGAGAUUUGAAAGGCGGGAGUAAUAAAGGAGCAAUUAUUGAGCAAGGUGGUCGAUUUUUUGGUCCCAAGAUUUCAAUCUUUGAAGCACCACCUGAUUAUAAAUAG